GACUGAUCAACUGCCACGAUGGCGCGAACACCUAGGCUGCUGUACACGCCGUGGACUGCAAUGUGGUCAUCCCUUCCCCUCACUCACUCAGUCCAUCGCCGCCUGGAGAUCCUCUGCCAGUCUCUCCGAGUCCGAUCUUCGUCGGCGCCGUCCUCCCCUGUAUCCUUUCUCCUCAAAUACUCCCCUGCAGGAUUCCGGGAGAUUUUGCUUUGAUGAGGAAGAAGCAACGGAAGGCAUCAGGCCCUGAUAUCCCACCAUCAAAGCAUUAAGGCUAGAUCUCGAGUCCAGGACAAGUUGUGACAAGCAGAUUUCAGGUCACUUGUUGCUGCAAUCACAGUUCUGAAGAGGGAGACGGAGAUGGGCAGGGCUGGUUUCAAAAGGAAAUGCAGGUCAAGCAACCGCAAUGCACAGGCCGACAAGGAGCCACGGAACCGUGCAUCACCCAUCAGAAUCGUGAGGCUGUACCCUCACCUCACUCCGGAUCAGCGCAAAAUGAUUGAGGAUGCCGGCUUCGGAGGCCUCCUGAAGAUCGGCUGCCCGACAUUCCCUUUGGGGUUCUGCGGUUGGCUCCUCCGGCGAUUCGACACCGACUACUGCGAGCUAGUGAUCAAGGGCCGGGGAAGGAUCCCGGUCACCAGCGACAGCGUGCAUAGGGUGCUGGGCAUCCCGAACGGCGGGGGCGAUGUCAAGUAUGGAUUGGAUGAGGAUGCCAUGGCCUUCAUGUCCGACAAGUUGGAUGCUUCAGGAAAGUACUGGCCUACCGUCAGUAGCAUAGAAAAUUCCCUCAAGCAGAUGAAGUCCGCAGACGAGCAUUUCCUCCGGACGUUCAUGGUGCUUGUGAUCUCAAGCUUCCUCUGCCCGACUACUAGUCUAAGAAUCAGCCCCCGGUGCUUCCCGCCGUUGGUGGAUAUCAAGUCGAUCAGGGAGCUGAAUUGGUGCAAGUUUGUUGUGGAGCAACUCAGGAAGUCUGUCCGUGCAUUUGCCCGAAAGGGAAAGAACAGUGUACCAGGCUGCCUUUUCUACCUUGUGAUUCUAUAUCUGGAUUCACUUGAUACCCGUGACAUGCAAAUUCCCCAUGGAACACCGCGGAUUUCUGCAUGGAACAAGAAGCUUGUAAACAAAGUCCUUGAGAUGGACAUGAAGGACAAUGGCUCCUUUGGAAAAUGCCUUUUGAAGAAGAGAGCUCCUGAUAGCAUCAGCUCUAGGGGUGCAUCAGGCGCAUCUGCCAUCCUGGGAGGCGUCCCAGAAAUAGCAAAUUUUGUGUCAGCAAAUGUCGCGGCUGGGUACAAUGCACAGAAGAAAGAGGUUUUAAGCAAUGCAGUAGGCAAGCUUUGUGCAAGUAUCACAAAUGCUCUCUCAAAGUUCAUGCAUGAGGUCUCUGCACUCGAAGUCACCUGCGGAGAAGUCACCAGGGAUCGUAGUCCUGCCCUUGUAGAAAAUAACAAUGUUAACAAUGUGGAGGAGAAUGCUAGCCGAGAUGAGGAAGACGUGCUCCCAGAAGAUAGUUCUGAGCUGCCAACCGAGGAUACGGAAGACACAUCGGCUGACGAGUACGAGGAUCAAAGUUCCGUGGAUGGAAGUAGCAGGGACGACGACUCUGAGGAUGAUCCUGACUGGGAACAAGACGAGCUCAAUAGCAGCAAGCAGAAACGUGUUAGAACUGAGCCUGGAGAUGGAGCGGCCAAAUCUGAAAAAGGGACAGGCGAAGGUUCAGGACGUGAUUCAGACACUCCAAAGGGCAAUCAAGAGACAGGGAAUGGGCGCACUGAUGAUCACGCAAAUCUUAAAAAGCGAACGUUGGCCUGUGUCGAUGGGGGUACGUCCGAAGCAAGGAGCGCACGCCAGAAAACCGGUGAAAAAAGUGGUGUUGCUGUGGAGAAAAUGGCAGUUCAGACCCCCAGCAGCCCGCUUCAUGGUGGAGGAAGACCGUGCAAUUCUGGCCCGAGGCUUUGUGAUGAUGGGAGAACCUUCAAGGUGAAGGAGGAGAUGGAGAAGACGCCUGUCAUUGAUUUGUGUACCCCGACGAGCUCAGAGAGCGACUGUGCUGUCCUUAAGACUGCAGAUCCUUCUUCUCCUGUUGAUGGCCCCAAAAGGGCGUCAUGACUCGCAACUCAGUAGUUGAAACUUGAAAUGGCCAAACAUGCGUUCUUCCUUAGUGAAAUGCAGUUGGUAGCUGGUUAAAGGUUCAGGCAGAUGCAGGUUACUUUAUGUGUUGUAAAAAUUCGGAAUAAAUUGACCUGUUCUAUUUCUAGAUGCACGUGGAUUUCCAAACUCGACUAUGCUACAGAAAGAAACCUGAACUGUAGAUUUA